GCAUUCUGUACCCCCAACAGCUGGACUACUUUGAAACCGUGCUGCACCCCUUCUCAUCCCCGGCCUUGGAGGAGAUCCUCUUCCAGCUGCGCGAGAUGCUGCUGCAGCGCACCCUGCAGACCCUGCAGCAGGAGGCAGCUCGCCCCGCCAACGCACGCGCGAGAGCGGACAGCGAGGACAGAGAUGGCCUGCCCCAGACUGCUGCUGACCUCAAGGUGAUGGCGGACGACAUCAGCUCGGGCCUGCUGCCCUACGAGCUGCGCCGCACCAAGGUCAACGUCUUCUGCUUCACAGGCAAGGUUCAGAUAGACCCUCCCCCAGAAGAGCCCCAAGUGGUGGAGGUCCUCCCUGCCCGCCCCGCCGCCCCUCCUGCCGUCUACACCCCCAACUCCGCCCCGCCCCCGUCCGUCAACACCCCGAGAGGCAACCCCGGAAACCUGAACCGGACGUUUUCGGGGUCGAGUUCUGGGUCGAGUGCAGUGUACAGUCAGCAGUCUGGUAGCAGUGCCCGGCGGCAGAGGCGGGCUCGUCGAGCCGGUAGUGGCUCGAGGGCUUCUUCCCAGGCGUACUAGUGGCAAGGAAUUCGGGUUAGCUUGUCUUGAGGCCUAAUUAACAUUUGUCUUCAAGUUGUGUGAUGUGCAAUAGCUUUGUAUAUGUUACAACAUUGAGAUGAAAUUGAACCAUGGCUUUGGUUUCAGGGCUGUAAGUUAGGAGUUCCUUAGAGAAAUGAACCCCAAGCAAUAUA